AUGGAUUUCGACAUCGUCCCGUUCGAGGACAUUGUUUGGGGCCCAAGGAUUGGGGGCGGCAGCUUCGGCUCUGUUUACAGAGGCCAAUACCUCGGCAUCGAUAUAGCUAUCAAGGAGAUUCAUUCCUCGACGCAAUACGAUGGCUACAUGUCUCCCGAGAUUAUCAUGGGCGAAGACUUCGACUUGCCGACCGACAUCUACUCGAUGGGCAUCAUUUUCCUGGAGCUGUGCACGCGCAUCCUGAUCAGCUCCAAGAUUUACCACCCCGAGACCAAGAAGAAGCCGCCGGUCUUCGUGCCGGAUCGCAACGAGCUGCUUAAGCACUUGGACACCGGCUGCCCGCUCGAGUUCUUCGAAUUGGCCUUGCACUGCUUGAGCUUUACCGCUGCAGACAGACCAGUCGUUACCGAGGUUUUGCACCGGCUGGAGGUAAUGUACGCUUCGUGCGUAUCACGGAUGGACGGGGGCGAUGAGCCGAUGGCAGUGGAACAGUCCACGUCGCCGACUUCACCAACGUCGCCGGGGCAGAUCAGGAAAGGCAAACGGCGGGCGAUGCCGAUUUUUGAUCAUGAGGGCUCCUCUGAGCGGGCCGAGAAGGAGGUCGAGAUGGAAAUUGGUGGAUUCUCGGACUCCUCCUCGGACUCGGACGAAGACGAGGAGCCCCGGAGGGGGCGUCAGCGCGAGCAGAAGCACAUCCAGACCAUCGCGAACAAGCACGUUCGUAUCGAAGGAGAUGGGGCCAUUCGGCGGCGUAAGACCCGAAGGAGAACAGUCACCCAGGAGUGGCUCGACGCUCAAACCCGAACACGGAGCUCGUCGCCGUCCGUUAGGUCAAGCAACCGUGACUAUGUGCACGCCGAAAGCAGCACUGCGAGCGAAGAGACGGCUCGCCAGGGCUUGCUCGAUAGCCCCGUAUCGGCAGGAACGACAGCAGCGGCGACGGCGUUGACAACCGUCUCCUCACCUGUCGACAUUACAAUGCCUUGUGCUUACCCUCCGUCACCUCCCGAGGAGACUUGCUCGACCUUCACCAUCCGAGGCGCAGCGGAGCCCAUCGCUGCCCCUCCCACACCAGCCAGUCCGCCAGCUGACUCCCCUCGCCCGCUGCGGCCUCCACCUGGUCCCCUCCGUUCCCCGCCUCCAGCCCCCAUCCAGGUGCCCCACAGCCCCCAGUCAUUGGUCACCGAUCUUCCCUCUCCGGAGACGCCACAAUCUCCCCAGUUUCCCCAGCCUCUCCAGCUGCAACAGUCACUUGCACCUCUACAGCGAAGACAGUCUGCCAGAGACAACAGCACGCCAAAGUCUCCUACCCUGCCUGCCCGGAAUUUGAUCCAGCACAAGUUCACAAUCUCGGCCAAGAGCUCGACGACGAUGGCGGCCGUGCUUCAAGGCACAAAGCGCAUCCCGUCGACGCUGAUUUCGGCCUCGCCGAACUGGGCCAAUAUCUUCUACUCAUCGUCCAGUAGCCGCAACAAGUGCAAGGUCUGCGCGAAGAAGCUCGGCCUCAACUACCUGCAGUGCAACGACUGCCAUGCGCUGAUCCACACCAAGUGCAAGUACCUUUCCGCAAUCACGUCACGACCGACCGAAGACGAGGAGACUCUCGAGGAGAGAACAACGUGGCAGUAA